CGUUCUUCACGAACAAGAKCCUAUUGAGCCAUGGAGGGAUAUGGAGUGGUAGUUGAGCGCACUGURGAACCCUCUCAUGAAGGUGUYAACGUUGAUUAUAAUGAGCUUUUCGCGCCGAAAAAGAUUAAUCAAGAAUGCAAAUGCAGUUUYUGUUUGCCAGCGGUAAUUUCCUCGCGCGCAGAUGAGAUACUGAACCAACCAAUCAAAUUCAUUGAUAGACAAAGAAUCAGGGGGCCUCCUCCGCCACUUAUUUCGUCAAGUAGCCUUCUACAAAGAAACCACGGGAUAUCACGUGACAUUGAUGUAGUUUCGGCGCAUGCUCAGAUGCCCAAAGAUGAAACUAAAGAUGCGCAGAUUGUGAGAGAUACUUCAACGCAUGCGCUGAAAAAAGAAAAAGACGUGACGAAUGCGCCGAGCACUAAACCGCUGACAAGCAAAAACGUGUCGUGCAUUUGUAGUUUUUGUUCAAAGAGUUUUACUACGACAAGAGCGUUGGAGCUUCACGUUCGUCGCCAUUCUGGUCUUCGUCCCUACCCCUGUAAGUUUUGUGACAAGUCGUUUUACCAACCGUCUGAACGCGCUGUUCAUAUGCGCACGCAUACGGGCGCUAGGCCGUACCGCUGUCCACACUGUCUGAAGUUAUUUCGAUACUCUGGGGACCUCAAACAGCAUAUUAAUAUCCAUACAGGUCAGCGGCCAUACCAGUGUGAAACAUGCAGCAAAGCGUUCACCAAUCACAGCACGUUACGUCAGCAUAAGAGAAUCCAUACGGGAGAACGUCCCUACAAAUGUAAAGAAUGUGGCAAAACAUACCGCUACCACUCCUCCCUAAAACAACAUCACACCACGCAUCUAAAGAAAGCUGCAAAGUGACGUCCAUAUAAGGACUUAGUAGGGGACCAUUUAGGUGUCAAUCUCAGGCGUAAUUGUCAUGAAAUAAUUGAAAAUAUGCCAGUAAUAAAUAAGGACAGCAACCCCCUUUUUCGCUAAAAUAUAAAAAUAUAGAUAGAAAAUAUGACAUUUAAAUAAAUAAAACGAGAUAUGAGAAUUAAAUAAAUAAAAAGAAACAAAUCUGAUGAGGAUUCACAAUGAAAUACAUCCAAAGCAGCGUUCAACUGUAGUCAGCUUUAUUUGUUUCGACGUCUAAUUUUAAUUAAAACUGCUACUGGAUUAUACUUAAUUCAACUUUCAGUUUUUCACUCUUUUUAGUUUAUGAAACAGUCGUCUUGUUUAUUCGAAUUUUAAGGUUCACACCGGGGAUAUCGCCUGAAAGAAAAGAMAARCAA